AGUUUCAAUUUACCUGCCCGCGACACGCCUAUUGUUGUGUGUUAUUUUACAUAAGCCAAGCGUGGAAUUCUGUGUGUCUCAAGAAAGUUCUCUGUUCAGGGUGGAAAAUCGAUUCCAGCACGAAAGCGAGAGCAAAAUGGACGAGUACACCUUAGAGAGACUCUUGGCGUGGUUUUAUCCACUCAUAGCCGCCUUCUCUCUCGUCGCCACUGUCACAUUUGCCGUUGCGUGGAAUCACUGGAAAUAUGUCCUGGACACCUGUGAUCCCAGACUCUUCUGUGGAUGCAUCUUCAAUGCCAGAUCCACUCCGACUUACUUUGUGGGAUCGCAUGUUGCGUACUGCUACUGGGCGACUGUUGGGCCCCUCCUUGGAGCCGCCGUGGCCGUAUUCUUUGGAACCUACCAUGUCUGGCGUGUGUGCAUGGGAAAAGGGCGCUCCAGGACGGGAACGACCACUGUAAAACAGAGAUCUGGCGAUGUGAUUGUGAUGACGACACGAACUGAGCUCACGGAUGACUCAAUCUCGCCAUAUUGGUGGGUUCCCAGCAGCAUUGCCGCCUGUUUCAUGACUCUGUACACGCUCACGCACGCUGCCAUGGCCCUGGAUGGGUUCCUGUACGCCUGUCGCCAGUACAGAAUCGAGCUGACCAAGUACAUGCGCGCCACAGGGCCUCUGGUCGAAAGCAUCCAGGGGCGCAUCUCCUGCGCUGCUGUUUUUGACUUCAUGGACUACAUUCAUCCGGACGUGUCCUACGAUCGCAGGAGAAUCGAUCGCAUCAACACACCAGCUGCUCUAAUCACUGGCCUAAUCGCGUCUUGGCUCUGCUUUGUCCUCUGGGCAUCCAUUGCCUAUAUUGCAAUACGCCAAGCGAGGCAGAGUCGCCGAGUACGCGUCUAAAUCGUAACAUUCCGAAAGUGUGUGCCUUUCACCAUGUACCGCCGAAUUUCCAUGAUCACAAUAAUAAACCACUUUUCCAUCCACGAAAA